CGCAUUUUGGGGCACGCUAGUAGCCCCGGGCUCUGUCCAAGCUCCAGCCUUCUGCCGUCUCUACAUCUGUAUGUCAAGCCAGCAUCCAUCUCUCUCAUACAUCUGACCGCAUAGCCAUUUUUGACCACCUCCGGAGCACAUCCGCAAUCCCAAUUGCGCAGAUGAAACCCAACGGCGCACGACCCUAUCUCAACGCCGAGAUGAUGGGCAACCUCUGCACCCUCAUGGACAUCAUCGACCUGCACAUCUCGCCCGCCGAGGCGCAGGAGAUGACGCUGGAGACCAUGAACAAGUUGUAUUAUGUGUACUUCAAGCUGUUCUGCGCCGGCCAGGAGCCAUACACGUACCCGCGCGACGGGCCGGAUGGCAAUGCUCCGCUGAUUACGCGCGAGGGCCUGCGCAUGUGGCUUCUUGUUCGGAUUAUCAUGGACCCGGACGAUGCGCACCGGAGACUUAAUGCGCUGCUGGCGAAGAAGGAUCAUCUCUUUAUUGACCCGUUUACGGAGGAAGAGUUUGCGUAUCCGCAGAUUCCACGGUGCGCGUUUCCGGAAAAGCCGGUUGAGGAACUCGCAGCAACAUUUCGACAGAUUCAGCCAAGGUGGCGGGAAGAAAGGGCGAGGAUCAUGAGCGCGGCGCGGAAGGGGAGAGCAGCUGCGUCACAGUCAAGCUUGACGAGCGCGCAGAAUAGUUUGGCUGCUGCGGAUUUGAAUGCUGCGAGAAUGAGGGCGCAGGCGAUUGCAAAUGCGCAGGAAGAGCGGCGUGUGUACACUUCAAGUUCUGGGAAUUUUAAGUAUAGUUGUACUCCUGGGAAUUUCUGAGGAGCUGUGCUUCUGGGUCAGACAAAGUUGGGAAUUGAUAUUAUAGUGGUAGGAUAAUGACUGCGUUCAAUACAAUAAUUACCCGUCGCCAAAUCCCACAGUCGGAGUGAAGUGUCUUGACGGAAGCACCACCUUUUGUACAACUGAUAAACUCCUGAAGCCGCCC